UCUCUCCUCAUUCUCUCUCGUAUCGAUCUUCCUCUUAGUAUGGCUUUGAACAUUGUUCACAAUGCAGCUUUUGUCGCUUCUCUUCUUGUCUUAACCACCCUCUCCUUCCAAACUGUUCUUGGGCAUGAAGUCACGUGCGAGAGUCUCAGCGAAGACACGUGCGCGUUUGCGGUUUCGUCGACGGGUAAACUGAGGAGCGGCGUGGAGGUGUACACGUGUCGCGCGUCGGAGAUAGAGGCGGACAAAGUCGCAAACGUGAUCGAGUCUGAACGCUGCGUUAAGGACUGCGGUCUGGAUCGCAAAACGCUGGGGAUCUCUUCAGACGCAUUGCUAGAACCGCGUUUCACCCGCAAGCUCUGCUCGCCUCAGUGCUUCAACCAUUGCCCCAACGUCGUCGAUCUUUACUUCAAUCUCGCUGCCGGUGAAGGAGUGUUUCUUCCAAAGUUGUGUGAAGCACAAAACGAGAAGAACAAGAGAAGAGAGAUGUCGGAGAUCAGAAGCUCCGGCAGAGUUUCCGAUCUUAUUUCUCCGGUCGGUUCCGUCGUCGGCUUCCUCGGGAUGGCGCCGCCGCCGGCGCCGGAGCCGUCUUCCGAAUCUCCGGCACAGGAGCCGUCGUCCGAAUCUCCAGCUCCGGAGCCGUCGUCAGAAUCUCCGGCUCCGGAGCCGUCGUCGGAAUCUCCGGCUCCGGAGCCGUCGUCGGAAUCUCCGGCACCGUUUUCGAUCUGAGUCACCACCAAACAAAAUCGGUUUGUGAGAUUAUUAGUGUGAUAUUAUAAUAAAUAAUGAAAGAUAUGGUAUGAGUUUUAUCAUUGUAUAAUGUGUCAUACGGCAUCUCAUGUCAUGAUAUAAUCAGACAGCGAGUGAGAGAAGUGGACCUUGUCUCUUUUUCAUCGAAUGUAAGAGUCUACAUUACAAACAAUAAUAAGAUAAUUGUGAUGCCACAAUUGCUUGUAUAAACUGAAAUAAAAAUAUGAAAUUUUCUACAUGUUGUAUGAAUUGACCAA